GUCGAUCUCACAGGCCAUCUAUGGAGUCACUUGUUAGUUCAGCAAGAAUCUCCUGCUCUUCAUCCUCGUUCGCUCCUCUCUCCGUCUUCACCCCAAAGAGAACGAGCUUAUCCAUACGCGUUCCCCCUCUCCGAAUCUCAUCCAAGAAUGGAGAAGAUGGACAUGAUUUCCAUGCCGACAACGAGGAUACGGCCCUCGUCCCUUUGCCCAAGAACCAUGGUUCUCUUUUUCGUCUUCCCAAGGAUGAAGCGAUGGGUCUGGUUCUGAGCGCGGCGGUUGGAAGAGGUUGGACUACGGGCUCCGGAAUGGAAGGCCCGGCUGCACCUGAGCCGGAUUUCGGCGCUCGGACUGUCUCAACGUUUCCGUGGUCUCUCUUUACGAAAUCUCCUCGGCGGCGGAUGCGCGUCGCCUUUACGUGUAACGUUUGUGGUCAGAGAACUACGCGCGCCAUCAAUCCUCAUGCGUACACCGACGGAACUGUCUUCGUCCAGUGUUGCGGCUGCAAUAUCUUCCACAAGCUGGUGGAUAAUCUGAAUCUGUUCCAUGAGAUGAAGUGCUAUGUGAACCCAACUUUCCGUUACAAAGGGGAUGUGAGCUUCAAUUUUCUUGAUGGAGACGAUGAUGACUGGAAUAUCUUCCCCAUUAUGUGAGUGGAAUGUAUUCGCUUUGAGGGAUCUCUAGGCUGGUCAGUAACAAGAAGCUUAUGUAAAUGCGAAUACUAUAGUUAGUAUAAUCUUAGAUUUAUCAGUUAACAUUUGUAUAUAGCUGUUCUAUUUCAAAGAUGUGAAUUUUCAGUAUGACACUAGUUUUUCUAUGUCUAAGCCUUAAUUUACCUUUUCUGGAAAUUAAAUUCUAUAGUGUUCUGUGUAA